GAGAGUGGAAGAUCCGCGGCGCUUCCACGUCCAGUGUGAACCUGGUGACCGUGUUUUAGGGGUAUGAAUUUCCAAGAAGAAACAUUGUAAAGGAGCCAAAAAAUUACAUACAUUACAUGUACCUCACAAACAAUGGCAGUGUCUUCUUUUGUUUUAUGUUAAAACCAAAAAUACUUUCCACAAUUUUCUGUAUUGAAAUGAUUUCAUUGGAGCAUGUCUGUGGUAUUAUAAAAAAUCAGACUUUUUGAUUUAUGCUUUUGACUGGCAUAAACACAAGUCAAGCAUCUAUUGCCAUAUAGUUUUUCCUUUUUCGUUUGUUUACCCUCUGUCUCUUUCAGCCAUCCACAACCCCACCCCUUAUCUCUCCCCUCCACAAUCCCUCCCCCUGUCUCUCCCUCUCAAGGGAGACAGUGUUGUUUGUUGUUUCAGCCUGAGUUUGGUCCCACCACUCUCAGGAGAGAAGAGCUCUGGCAUGGCCUGCACCAGGGAGUAUCUGAUGGGAUAACAACUCUGCAUUUAUCUAUUUUUUUUUUUUUUUUUUUGCUCGGCCAGGAAUAACUUAACUCAGGCUGUUGAGGUGACAUAGCUCAGACUUAGGUUGAAGUGGGCAGUUUCCUGUCCAGGUUGAUGGAUGUAACUCGAAAGACGAUGGGGAUUUUUCUGGAAUGACUAAAUUGUUUAAGUUUCUGGAUCAUUAGGAAAAGUAAAAAAAAGGAGAAUAAAAAAAAGAAAUUUUGUGAGUAAAGACUCAGUCUCAGAUGAGUCCUGACAGCUGACACGUCCUCUAUUGAGACGGUUUUAAAUGUGGCCCCUCACUUUCCCUGAUAGUAAGAUGAUGCGUUGAGCUGAUCUUCUGUUGUUUAUUGUCGGCACUUUUUCCCUUUUAAGGCUGAUCCCUCCCACUCAUCCACACAGAGUGUAGCUUGAUCCUUUGUGAUUUCCUACAAUCCACAAAAUCCAAUAGACAUAUCUUCAUGUUGAGACUAAAAAGAUUACUUUUAAAAUGAAAGUAACAAUUUGAUACACUUAAGAUUUCUCUACACCUGAUCUUAUUGUUGUGUUUUAACCAGGAGUUUUUAUUUGGAGUGUUUUCAAUUGUUAUUUCCGGAUCUUUUUUGUCAUCCACUUGAAUGAACUUCUCUACAUUUUUAAAUGGACAGUCUAGUUCUUCUUAAUUUAUAACACAAAGCAAAGACUCAUUGCUGAUUUUUUCCCAAGAAUUGUCAAAAUCUCCCGAUAACAGCAUGAAUAAGGAAUCCCGUUUUUCAAGGAAGAUGCACAGCAGCUUCUCCACACGCAGACACUCCUGCAUUGGCUUUGAUGUGGAAAAUGGAUUAUCUGUGGGACGAAGCCCUCUGGAUGCCCAGGCCAACCCCGGUUCCGGUUUGGUUCUGCAGGCCAACUUCCCCCACAGUCAGCGGCGGGAAUCCUUUCUCUACCGUUCUGACUCAGACUUUGACCUCUCAACCAAAGGUCCACCUAAAAACUCUUCGACUGCCAGUGACCUGGAAGAAAGCUUGAAGCACUGGGAGGUCAACUGGUUGUCAUCUCGACAUUCAGAGGACAUGAUUGUCACACCAUUUGCACAGGUCCUGGCCAGCCUGAGAACGGUUAGAAGUAACUUUGCCAUCAUAACAGGCCAGCAGGAUCGCACAGUCAGCAAGAUGCGAUCUUCAAAUACCAAUCCACCAUCAAUGUCCAAGACCAGUCUGGCAGAGGAGCCGGAUCAACAGCUGGCCAUAGAAACCCUGGAUGAACUGGACUGGUGUUUGGAGCAGCUAGAAACACUAAAGACUCGGCACUCUGUCAGCGAAAUGGCUUCCAACAAGUUUAAGAGAAUGCUGAAUCGAGAGCUCACUCAGCUAUCAGAAACUAGUCGUUCGGGGAACCAAGUGUCUGAGUUUAUCUCCAGUACCUUUCUGGAAAAGUCACAUGAGAUGGACAUCAUGUCACCCCCAUCCAAGGAAAAGGACAAAAGUAAAAGGCCUAUGUCUCAGAUCAGUGGUGUGAAGAAAGCAACCCACAGCCUUGCCCCUUCUUCCAUACCUCGCUUUGGUGUCAAUGCUAGCCAGGAGGGACUUCUAGCCAAGGAACUUGAAGAUAUAAACAGAUGGGGGAUUGACAUCUUCAAGGUUGCAGAAUAUUCUGGCACUCGCCCACUGACAGUCACAAUGUACACUGUCUUUCAGGAACGUGACUUACUAAAAACCUUCAAGAUUCCUGUUGACAUCUUCAUGAACUUUGUGAUGACACUGGAGGAUCAUUAUCAUUCUGAAGUAGCUUACCACAACAACAUCCAUGCUGCAGAUGUGGUCCAGUCAAUGCACGUGCUUCUGUCCACACCUGCACUGGAGGCUGUCUUUACUGAUCUGGAGAUCCUUGCUGCACUGUUUGCUAGUGCAAUCCAUGAUGUGGAUCACCCUGGAGUUUCCAACCAGUUUCUCAUUAACACCAACUCUGAGCUUGCACUCAUGUAUAAUGACUUGUCAGUGCUGGAGAAUCACCAUUUGGCUGUGGGCUUUAAACUUCUGCAGGAGGAUAAGUGUGACAUCUUUCAGGAUUUAAGCAAGAAGCAGAGACAGUCGUUGCGCAAAAUGGUCAUCGAUAUGGUUCUGGCAACUGACAUGUCUAAACACAUGAAUCUCUUAGCAGACUUAAAAACUAUGGUUGAAACAAAGAAGGUAACCAGUCUAGGCGUCUUGCUCCUUGACAAUUAUUCAGAUCGCAUACAGGUAAGGACACAAAAAAAAACAGACAGAAAAAAAAGAAAGGAUGAAAGUGUUUUUUGUGCAUGUCUAUGUUUUUUUGGCUCAUCUCUGCAGGUUCUUCAGAACAUGGUUCACUGUGCAGACCUGAGUAAUCCCACAAAACCUCUUGAACUGUACCGUAAAUGGACAGAUCGAAUCAUGGUGGAAUUUUUCACUCAAGGGGACAGGGAGAGAGAGAAAGGAAUGGAGAUCAGCCCGAUGUGUGACAAACACAACGCCUCAAUUGAGAAAAAUCAGGUAGGGUUCAUUGACUACAUUGCCCAUCCUCUUUGGGAGACAUGGGCCGACUUGGUACAUCCUGACGCACAGGAACUCUUGGACACCCUAGAGGACAACAGAGAGUGGUACCAAAGCAUGAUACCUCAUAGCCCUUCACCUGGGCCAGAAACCCAGAAGGAAGAAGGCCUUCCAGAGGGAGCUUCCGCGGCUGCCAAGGGGAGCUUCUCCACCUCAGCCGACAAGUUUCACUUUGAUAUAACACUGGAAGAGGAGGAAGAAUCUGACACAGAAAGUUCACCUGAAGAUGAGAAGGUGUAUGGCAGAACCAAAAUCAGCAGUAUAUCUGGUUUGGCAUCUUCUACUGCUCAGCAGCAUUCCCAGGUCCCCACUAAUGACCCUGGGAGGACAUUUUCUGUUGGCCUUAAAAGUGACAUGGCAGAAGAAGGUGUACCUGAGGUGCCACACUUCACACUUGGCACAUAGCCACAGCAAAAGGUCUUUUUCUUUUUGGACAGGCCACACUUCCAGAUAACAAUGAACAUUUUAACUUUGUCCUCCUUUUUUUACUUUCUCUUUUCUCCUUCUUCUUCUGUCUUGCAACUUAAAAAAGAGAGCUGGUGGUGACUUGGCUGCAGUUAAUGAAAAGUGAUGUCAGCGAGUGGCAUUGUUGGAUUUAUGUACAAAACUAAUAACGUAACAAUGAUUUUGAGAGACUCUGCCACUGUCUCUCUCUCUCUCUUUCGGGUUCACGGGGUGUUGGAGCCCAACCCAGCUACUUGCGGGCGAAAGCAGGAUUCGCCCUGGACAGUCUAGAGCAGUUAAAUAUAUAUAUACGUAUGUCAUUGGUAUAUAUUACUGGAUUGGCCCUUGCCUGUUUGCUGCUAUAGACAGAGAUGUGCGCGCAGGCGCCAUUGUUAUGCAUCAAGUCAUGGCAGCAGAACGCUGCUGUUUCAAUGGAGGACAGGCAGACAUCAACCACAAAAACCGGGUUAGCUCCCUCAUUUCUAAACCAAUUUUGACAAAAUAUGGCUUGAAUUAAAGCUUAGAAAAUUAUUGAUCUUGUGGUAUAUUUAGAUAUUUAUUAUCUAAAAAGAUUCAUCUGUAAAUAGUGCAUCAAUUGUCCCUUCUACUGCUACAAAUAAUGCAUAGCCGUCAAUUUAACAACCUCCAAAUAUCCGUGAUUUUUUUUAUUUGGCCUCUGUGCUAAAAUCUAUAUAACUGAGCUUGUAAAUGCUUGUAAAAGGAGGGAGAAGGAUGACGAUUAUUGGCAUGAACGUCUGACAAAAUUUAGUAAUAAAGCCCUUUCCCUAUUAAAAACACCUCAAAGUGCUAAAAAAAACACCCUUUACCACAUUUUCAAAUGAAACUGCAAAUGUUAUUAUUUUUGGAUUACAUACAUGGUAAAUAAAUCUCAUUUGCAUUCAAAAAUUACCUUCAAAUAGACAAUUUAAUUGUACUUUGAGUAAGGCUCCAGCAUCUUUAGCUGAUACAAGAAACAUUUCUUAAACUUAAGAACUUAGAUCAUAUCUAAGACACCUGCCAAACUGUUAAUUCAAAACACAGUGAUAAUAGCAGUAAAUGGUGUGGCAGGUUCAGGUUUUUGGCCACAGCUUCAUCCCUAACAUCUGAUCUCUGCUGUGUUUAUGUCACUGAGCAGAAAGUUAGCGUUAGCGCUGCAUAUUCUAGCUGGGCUUUCUCCGGUCCGUGCGACCAAGAAAGAAGCUCAACACAGGUAGCACGUAUUUAGAAAAUUAUUUGCGAACUCACUUACACUUUCUUACCUCCCAAAAAAGUGUGACCAACAGCAACAUUUAGCUUGGUUACGAGCUACUUUGCUGAGAAACAGCAACGUGCAUCUUGGCUGCACAUUUUAGGUGUUGCCAACAGGAAUUUACAUCAAUUUUUUUUUGUUGGUUACACGUAAAUAGGUGUGAAAAACAUCAGCCACAUGAAUUAAAACAUACAUCGAUGAACCAAGCUAGCAUGCUACUCGUUAGUUGCUAGCACCCACUUUGGCACAAACUUCACAGUUCCCAGGCUGAUUUCUCUCAAUUAAAAUGCGAUUCCUAACCUGUGAUGAUUCCUCUCAAGCAGAUUAUUUUGUUGUCGAGGUUUUUGAAGUUGAUUUCAAAACAUUGCAUCCCCUUUAGUGGUUCUUUGCGUACUUUUAGGACCACAUACGUUCUUCACUCAGGAAGACUCAAUGCUAAAUACACAACGUAUGUCACGUAAUUUCCAAUCCAGUAAUAUAUAUCAAUGAUAUAUGUGUAUAUAUAUAUUAGGGAUGUAAUGAUUCAGUCCAGUCCAGCCACGAUUCCAUUUGAUUUACAGUUUUAAAGUCACGGUUUGGAUUUUUUCCAAUUUUUUUUAUUUUUUUCUCACCACAAAGAAUUGUUACAUCCUUAAUUAUAUAUGACUGUGUAAUGGCUGUGACUGUGGAAGUGCUACCCUUCAGUGUCUGAGGUUGAGUACAAAAGAUGAACACAAAACAAAAAUGUUGCUUUUGCUCUUUAUGUUUUAUUAAUUCAUAUUGACUCAUAUUUUUUUUGGUAUGGAUUUUAUCAUUUUGAUUUUUAUUAAUGCACAUCUUACUUUGUUAUUCUCUGACAUCUGUGAAUUUAUUGAGUUUUAGUUAAAGAUGCAUACACUGACAAUUGUUGAGUGAGGAACCAGCACCUUUUGAACUUGCUAAGUUUAAAUGUCAUUGUUAUAUCUCAAGAAACUGAAUUUUAUGAGAACAUGUAUUUUAGCCAUAGUUGAUUAUUCGCCCAUGGCAGUCUUUUUUUCCAUAUGCGCUCACAGAGAUUACUGUUUCGAUGAGGGAGGGUGUAAAAGCACAGAGGGCUGCAGUUGUUAGGUCUGUUAACAACACUAUAACUAAAAAUUCAGGAAAUGCCCAGAAGCACUGUGCUAGAAUUCUUCUCUGUGCUCUUAGCAAUCAAUAGCUUUUUGCAAGGACAUAGUCAAUGACAAAACAAGUGCCAAGCAAGAAUGACACAGCCUGUACAGUAUUUUCCAUUUUGCCACUGGCUACUUUCCAUCAGUGAUGGAUGAAGGAUGCUGAUUUAUACCACCAUGUGUGCCAACCUGACCUCCCUGUUUUCUAACUUCUGGUCGACAUUACAUGACUUCAUAUUGUCUUAAGUGUGGUGUAUUGCUAUUCAAAGGAGGAUAAAUUGGUUAAAUCUGUUAAAAGCACUUUGAAUUAUACUUUUGGGUUUUUUUGUACUCAAGAAGUAAAACAUGAUGGUUUGUCCAUUUCUCUUGGUGAAUGGUCAGCUGGUUGAACUGAACAUUGCAAGCUGGAACGCUACAGCCCACAGUAGAAGGACUAUGUUUUGUUUAAUUUUUAAGUGUGUUCUGCUGAAAUGUGAGACUGCAAGAUAUAGACACCCGUGGAGUACUUAUUUACAAAUGAAAUAGUUGGUUUAUUUUAUUUUUACAAAACAAGUAUAUUAUGUUGUUCUAUGUGAAUGAAUUUAUUCCUCUUAUUUUUAACAUAUGAAUGUAUCCUUUUUGUUUCUUCAUUUUUUCUCAUUGUAAAGGCUCAUGCACACCAAACGCGAUUCGCCCGGCAGAGGCCGCUAACUACAAUGUUAAUCAGUGGUACAGGCGCGCUCUGAGGCGAAUUGAAGCCCGCCGGUGCGAUUUGAGCAACUGGCGCGGCGCGAAAUCUGCCAGCAGCUCGAUUUGAGCGACGAGGAGCGAAUCGGGCGGCACAGCCAAAAUAUAAAUACCUGAAAUUUGACAGGUUGCUAAUCUGCCAAUCAGGAACUCAACUUUGAUGUUGUUUUCAGUGACUUUCGCUCUGCGGCGGAGCUCACUCACUCCAUAUGCUGGCAGGCAGAGAGCAGCUGGGAGCUGCAGAAGCUGCUGGCUCAUCUAGACAUUUAAAAAAAAAGGGAAAACGGUCCCUUUUUAAAAUUUUUUCCCCCUCAGGUUAAUACGAGACAGUGAGCCUUCAAACUCAGCCACAGAGACACAGAAACACUGUGGAAGUGGCUGUCAUACAGACACAGCCCCUGUACCGGUAAAAUCUUUUCAUGAUAAUCCUAUAAAUUUAAACAUGGAGACAUGAUUACUGAUGUUUAUGUAGAAGUCUCCACAAGAUAUAAACCUGAUUUCUCUAAAUCUUCUGUGUCUUCCAUUCAUUCUAAGUGAGAAAUCCACAGACAUCGUUCAUUAUAGCAAUCAUCCUGAAUGCAUUAGCUGAUAGCUCCUCCCACAUACAGCCGAGGCGUCAAACUCAGGAACACACUCUUUGACAGGUGACGAGCAGCAAAUUCGUUGGGCCACGAAAGAGGGGCGGGGCAUGCAAAUUUGUUGCGCGAAUCGCGUUUGGUGUGAAAGCACCUUUAGAAAACUGACCAAAAGCUCAAUGUUGCCUUCAGCAUCAAAGACACAUUUGUCCACAUUAGAUAAAACAUGCAAAUGCACUCAGGUUCCCCUUGUUCUCUCACAUUUUUAAUGUAGCAGAUAACAUAAAACAUGAACAAAUCGCUUUGAAACCCAAGUAUGACAGAUUCCCUUCAGAUUGUUCUUACUCGGACAUAUCUGCCUUUCUCUGAAUUCUACUGAUUCUCUCUUUAUAAUCUUGCUGCAUAUUUAUUGUUCUCAGACCUGUUGUUCAAAUACUUAUUUCUUGUUAACAAUUACCUUGAACUAGUGUAAAUAUAUUAACGUGAUGCAGCUUGAACAAUCCAAACGAUGCCAUUUCCAGUGGCUGUUUUUGCCUUUUUUCAAUUUCAGUUGUAUGCCUUACCAAUAAAAAAAGUUUUCUCUU